GCAUGCGUCGCAAGUUGCAUUCUGGGUGUUUUCCACGAUGGCGACUCGCAUCUUUGCCCGGUGUCUCCGCUCACUGCAGAAUUCAACGACCUCGCUACAUGGUACUUCGGCUGUAAGAAUCGCAGCGACAACCGUCGGUAGCCAGAGGCUAUUCUCCCAGCUUUGCAGCGGCCAAGGAACGUGUUUGACACAGGUUCCCCGCCUAACGGUGUCCGUCCAGCGGCAGUAUGGAGACCUACCCCCGCUCACCCUCGAUACCAUCCUGGACCGGGUCAUCUACGUUCUUAAACUGUACGACAAGAUCAACCCCGAGAAGCUGCAAGCGUCAUCUCACUUCCUGAAGGAUCUGGGUCUGGACAGUCUUGACCAGGUCGAGAUCAUCAUGGCUAUGGAGGAUGAGUUUGGCUUUGAGAUCCCUGACAGUGAGGCAGAGAAACUGAUGUGUCCUCAGGACAUAGUUCAUUACAUCGCUGACAAGAAGGAUGUUUACCUGUGAAGAGACAGGCAGACACUACUCCUACAAGCCAGCCUCAACAUCUGUACACACACACACUCAUACACUAUGCACCAUCCACACACACUAUCCACCCAUUCUCACCAUCCACACGUUUCUUAGAAUAUAAAAAGCUUUAUUCCUAGUUCAUAGAAUCUACCCCUGUGAGGGAAAAUAAAUGUCUGUAUAUAAGAUGUUACAAGGGUUGUUGACUUGAGCUUGUGUACAGGUAGCGUCUCAAGCCUGGUUGUAUUUUUGUCACCAUCUAGUGGUGACACAGGGUAGUUGCUGCCCAAAGUUAGUUUUCUGCAGAAGACCCAGUAGAUGUUGACAGCCAGCCAAGUUAGGAAACAUGCCUUGCUGUCGGACCAUCUUACUAGACCUUUCUGUCCUCAUCAGCAGCUUCCUCUCUACCUGAAUCUCUCCAUUCAAGCAAAAACCAAACGCCAUUGUUCUUUUUUUUUUUCUUUCGCCUUUCAGUGAUUAAAAUAAAUCUACAGUCAUUAA